AUGGUAAGACUGAGGGCUGUGAAACAAUCGGAAAACUUCAUAUCAUUCAUCAUCAACAGUCUUAUUGCCAGUCGUCUGCCCUCUAGCAAAGCAAGCCCUGGGAAGCAACUCAGGGCAGAAACACAACCAAACAAGGAAUUGUCUGCGAUGUUGAAAGACAUCCAGGAAGAGGCCAAGACACUCGACUUGCUCAUUAAUGUCAUUGGCUGUUUCCUUCCACCUCAGACCAAAGAGGUUGUACAUAAUUCUGAUCAUCACUUCGUGAACCCAAUCACUAAAUUCAAUGUCAGUGCUCAACUCUCCAUCCUUCUUGCCCUCAUCUGCUAUGCCAUUGUUGGCAUCAGCAAUGAUGCUGUCAAUCUGAUCCUUGCAUUUGUUAAUGCAAUCAUACAAAGCACUAUGGCCCUUUAUUCACACAGCACGUGGGCCAAUCCUAUGCAGGAGUAUCUACUUCAGCAGCUACCCACAUCACUCAAGCCUGUGCUUUGCCAGUUCAAAAUACAUCCCAUGGUGAAGCUUCCUAUCCAGAGGUCUGUCAAGGAUAUAUCUACCCUCAGCAAGGUGAACAUCAUGCCUGUGCAACACCAAUUCUAG